GGCGCUCGGGGGGCGGGCGGAGCCGCAGCAGCUGCCGGCGGCGCCGGAUCGCCCGGAAUGCCCUAGAUGGACUGAGAAAGUGGACUUUUAUGGAAAGCGCCUGUGAGGCGUAACUUCAGCCAUACGGCGGCCGGACUCCGCACAGCGCACUUGGCCGGAUUACGACACAGCCCCGUCCGCAGGUCCGCGCCUCAGACCCUCAUUACAAGUGGGGGCAGAUCCUGCUGAACACGCUCCUCUCCACAGCCAAACAGAGGUUUGAUGUCCGUCAUCUCGUCACCUCCCGUCCCGACGGAGUGUCAGAGUGCAGCAGCCAUGACUGACGUGGCUCAGAAACAGGAGAAACUCCUGUCUACCUGCAAGCCUGUGCAGAGAAGCUAUGUGCCCAAGCUUGGCAAAGGGGAGGUGAAAGAUAAGUUCGAAGCCAUGCAGAAGGCCAGAGAGGAACGCGGUAAAAGGAAGAACCAGGAGGAGCGCCAGAGGAGGAGGGAGCAGUACGUUAGGGAGAAAGAAUGGAGCCGUAGGAAGCAGCAGAUGAAAGAGCUCCUGGCGUCCAGCGACGAGGAGGAGGAGGCAAAGCCAGCCAAGCAGGAGAAAUCAUACGUCCCCAAGAUAACAGGGAGUGUCAAGGGAAAGUUCGCUGAGAUGGAGAAACAGCGGCAGGAGGAGGAGAGGAAGAAGGCAGAAGAGGAGAGACAGAGGCGUAUCACACAGGACACACUGGAGAAGACAAAGAUCCAGAGGGAACUGGCCAAGAAAGCAGAGGAGGAGGGGGACAGCUCCCUGCUCGUCAAGGUGGUGCCAAACAAACCCUCCAAGGCUCCAGGUAAGAUCAAGGUGAACUUCGAGGAGCUGGGCAAGGCUCGAGAAGAGGAGGAGAAGAAGAAGUCAGAGGAGGAGAAGCAACAACGGUACGAGAAGCACAGGCGCUCCUUCAGAGAAGCCAAGAGGUGCUCCCAGCAUCCAGAGGACGAAAAUGAACCCAAGCCCACAGAGAAGGAGCAGAUGACCCCAGGCAAGCUGAAGAUGACUUUUGAGGAGCUGGAGAGGGAACGGCAGGAGCAACAGCGACAGCUGGCGGAGGAGGAGGCCCGGCGGCGCCUGGAGGAGGAGAGGCGGGCCUUCGAGGAGGCCCGGCUGCAGAUGGAAACCGGGAGCGAGGAGCUGAACCCUCUAUCAACAAAGGAGGAGAUCAGACCGGGGAAACUGAAGCUGAGCUUCGAGGAGCUGGAAAAGCAGAGGCUGGAGGGAGCACUUAAGCGCGUGGAGGAGGAGGCCAGGAAACGCAUAGAAGAGGAGAAGGCGGCUUUCGCCGAGGCCAGAAAGAGCAUGGUCCUCGACGACGAUGGCGACAUCCUCGCUGCCAUGCUGAGCGCAGAGAACGCCAAGCCCGGCAAGCUGGCCAUCAGCUUCGAGGACCUAGAGCGCCAGAGACAGGAAGAGGAGCACAGGAAGGCUGAAGAGGAGGCGAGGCGCCGGCUGGACGAGGAGAAGCGGCUCUUUGCAGAGGCACGCAGGAACAUGAGUCCAGUCCAGGAUCAGGAAAAUUCAAUGACUUCAUGUGGAGAUGAAGUGUGUGAAGAGGAGGGGAUGGAGAAGAGCGAGUCACAGGAGGCCCUGGCCCCCGGAAAGUUGGAGAUCAACUUUGAGGAGCUUCUCAAACAGAAGGAGGCAGCAGAGAAGAAGCGCAAGGAAGAGGAACGCAGGAUGAAGAUGGAGCAGGAGAAACAUGAGUAUGAGCAGCUCCGGCAGGAGAUGGGAGAGGAGGAAAUAAACGAAAGCUCUCUGGUGGUAAGCAGAGAGUACGAGGAGCUGAGCAAGCUGAAGAGGAUCGGCACGAUACAUGCCAAAAAUCUGAAGUCAAAGUUUGAGCAAAUCAAGCAGCUCAGCGAGGAAGAGAUCCAGAAGAAGAUCGAGGAGGAAAGAGCGCGAAGAAAGGCCAUCGACCUCGAAAUCAAGGAACGGGAAGCAGAAAGAUUCCAGGAGGAUGAGGAAGACAAGAAGGAGGUCUGCAAAGUGCAGCAUGCCCCCUUCAGGCAGAAGGUGGACAUGCAGGCACGGUUUGAGCAGAUGGCGAAGGCCAGGGAGGAACAAGAGAGGAAGAGGAUUGAGCAACAGAAGUUACAGAGGAUGCAGUUUGAACAAGAAGAAAUUGACGCAGCGCUACAGAAAAAACGCGAAGAUGAGGAAGAGGAAGAAGGAAGCAUCAUCAACGGAUCCACCACCUACGAAGAUGAGGAGGACCAUGCCAGGUCCGGGGCUCCUUGGUUCAAGAAAUCCCUGAAGAACCAGUCGGUGGUAGACGGAGAGCCUGUGCGGUUCACGGUUAAGAUAACCGGCGAGCCCAAACCAGAGGUGACGUGGUGGUUCGAGGGAGAGGUGCUGCAGGACUGUGAGGAUUAUCAGUACAUCGAGCGGGGGCAGACACACUGCCUAUACCUGCCGGAGACCUUCCCGGAGGACGAGGGCGAGUACAUGUGCAAGGCUGUCAACAGUCGGGGUACUGCAGCCAGCACCUGCAUUCUGAUUGUGGAAACUGAGGACUAUUGAUGCCCAUCACUGGAAUUCUCUCCCUUGCGUCUUGUUUUAAGUCAUGGAGGGGCCAAAAACACAGAAUAACCGACAUUAGAAACCAUAAUUCCACCAGUAAGUACAUAAAUGGGGGGGAAAUACAGGCUCCACAUUCUGGGUGCCAGUGUAUCGGCCAACGAUGUUGUCGGGGAACCUGCCGUCUAAGAACACCAGCAUCAAAAGUGAACCAGACGGCCGGAUGGGUACUGGGGAAUCACUGACCAGUUGGAAGCAUGCCUUCCUUCCAGUGACCUCUCCUCACUCCGUGUUCAGACUCCAUCCACAAGUUAAAUACUAGUCAAAUGUGUUGCUAUCACUUGUAAGUAUUGGGGGAAACGGUUGUUUUUAUAGGAUUGUUGCUUGGUAUACAUAGUGUUGAGUUAGUUCUCAGUUGCUGCCUACAGUGAUCCCUUGGAACACAUGAAGUGGACUGAGAGCAGUGAGCAGAGGCACCGUCUUGCUGCCGCUCUUCCAGCAUGUGGCGCUAUGAGAACAUUGUUUUUAAACAGGCUGACCAUUUCAAAUAAAAUGAAUGUGAAAGCAA